GUAACACUGUAUACUUUGUAGCAGCAAUGGAGGAUUUUUCGAGCAUUAAAAUAUGUGAGGGGAUCUGCAAAAGAACAAAUAGUGGGGAUGGAUGCUGCAUAGCAAAAAUAUACUCAUUUUUAAAAGAUCACGCAAAAGAGCUCAAGGAUAUGGAAGAGGCGAAGUUCGCGGAGACUCCGCUCCACAAAGCAGCUGCAGCCGGCAACACGGCGGUGGCGUUGGAGCUCCUGAGCCUGAUGCCGUCACUAGGAAGGAAGCUGGAUUGGGGGGGCUCGAGCCCCCUCCACCUGGCCAUAGAAGGGGCCCACCGGGAUACGGCGAGAUUCAUGGCUGCAUUCGACAGGAUGUUGGUGCGAGUGAAGGGCAAGAACGGGAUGACUCCGCUGCUGCUGUGCGCGGCCAGAGCCGGCAACCAUGAUGAAGAAGAGAGGAGGCUUCUCGCGCGGCUGCUCAUCGUGUGCCCGGAGUCUGUCCACGACGUGAACAACUUGAAGCAGACCGUGGUUCACGUAGCGCUGGUUAAUCAGGGGUGCAAGACCGUGUGCAUGCUCGUGGAUUGGCUGAGGAGGAGGAAUCGGAUCUCGUCGGUCCUGUCUGUCAAGGAUCUCAACGGCAACACACCCCUUCAUGCCGCGGCUCAAUUUGGAUGUCUAGGGGGGGCAGAAAAAAUAGUGAAAUUGGUGAAAUUGAACAGACUGAAUUCAGAGAGGAUGAGCGCUCUAGACCUUGCCAUAAAAUACAAUCAAAGUGAAGUGAUGAGACUCUUAGUAGAAAAAGGCGGCAAGAGAAAAAAUGAGAUUCGCGACGAUACAACAACAACCGAUUACGUCCUCACCGACUCAACCCUCUCCGAAGCCUUCUCCCGAGCCUUCUACUUCCUAACCAAAGAGCUCACCCUUGAACUGCGCAACACCAUCUUGGUGGUCGCCACGCUCAUUGUAUCCGCCACCUACCAAGCGGUGCUCCAGCCUCCAGGAGGACUCUAUCCCCCCGACGACACACAAACCACCCGCCCCACUAUGGGACUGGGACGGAGGCUGCUUUUAACGGGGGACGACAUGUGGAAAAACUUGGCCGGGCAGAUGGUGAUGGAGAAGGAGAAGUACCGGUACUUCAUGCCGUGCAACACAUUCUCGUUCGCCCUCUCGGUCGUGAUAAUGAUAUUCGUGGUCCCGGGCUCGCCAGUGUUCUUGAUCCUCCACCUCUGCCUGGUGUUCAUGUGCAUCAGCUAUCUUCUGGCUCUUGACGCCAUAUCUCAUUACACGGUCAUCUCCGACAUGAUUUACGCCAUGUCCCUCUAUGCUAUUGUGGGGGCGUAUAUUGUGAAACUCUUGUAUUAUCCGGUGAAAGCGCUCCUCAUCGACGAGGACUGGUGGCUGCAGGGACUCAGUGUCAAAGUUUCCAACUGUUCUAGCGUAGUUAAAUGGUUUCACACCAAUACUGCUAUGAGGAUGAAGAAGCAGCACACGGUGCUACUUCUUAAUUAGUGAUUCUACUUAUUACUAAAUAAAUGUAAACAAAAGGGCAUCAAUUGUAUACUCCAUUUAACAACAA